GCUUGCUGCCCGACGUUUUCGAACUCCGGCGACCGAGGAAAGUGGGAAGGAGGAAAAAGGAAAGAAGUAAUACCAAGGGAGAAAGAGAGGCGGAGGAGAGAGCGAUUUCGUGUCGUCUCGUCAUCUCCGCCAUGUUUCAGCCUAACAACCAGCUCUUGAUUUCUCCAAGAGCAUUAUCUACCCGAGAAUCAUCAGCAUUCGGUUCUGUGGAUCGGAAUGAUCCCUGUGUGAUAGCUGAGAGCGAAACACAAAAGGAAGAAUUCCGUAAGGUGGAGGUCGUUGUAACCAAUUCCAAGAAACUUCAGGAUGAUCUACAAAAGUUAGGGCUAAAAAUCAAACACCAUGAGGAGAAUAUUAAAUUUUUGGAGAACUGCACAAACAGCUUAGAUGAAUCAAUUCGUACUAUCCAAGACUCUGUGGGGAAAUACCAUUCAUCAAGUGAAGCUAUGACUGAAAAUAAAAAUAGUAACCACUGUCAGACUGAGGUGGACACAAUUGAACAGAUACUACGCCAGGAUAAAUCUGCAGCUGGCAUAUUAUACCAGUUGAAGACUCGUCAUGGUACUCAGGCACCAAAUCUAGCAUUAACAAAGGAUGUGUUGGGUAUUGUAGCUACACUGGGCAAAGUAGAUAAUGAUAACCUUAGCAGACUUCUGUCUGAGUAUUUAGGUAUGGAGACUAUGCUGGCAAUUGUAUGCAAGACAUAUGAAGGCGUUAAAGCUCUGGAGUUGUAUGACAGGGAAGGCGAGAUCAAUAAGAAUGCUGGUCUUCAUGGACUUGGAUCAACAAUCGGAAGGCCCAUGGAUGGCAGAUAUCUAGUAAUUUGUCUUGAAAAUUUAAGGCCAUAUGCUGGUGAGUUUAUAGUUGAUGACCCUCAAAGGAAGAUUUCUCUUCUGAAUCCAAGAUUGCCAAAUGGGGAGUGUCCAGCUGGAUUUCUGGGCUUUGCUGUGAAUAUGAUCAAUUUGGACAGUUCAAACUUAUAUUCUCUCACAGUUAGUGGACAUGGUCUUAGGGAGACUCUAUUCUAUGGCCUUUUCUCACGGUUGCAAGUAUAUAGAACAAGAGCAGAAAUGCUACUUGCUACCCCUUUUAUUAGUGAUGGUGCUGUCUCAUUGGAUGGUGGAAUCAUCAGGAGCAAUGGUAUCUUUUCCCUCGGCAAAAGGAAAGACGUAGAGGUGAGAUUCCCAAUAAGCUCUGGAACAACAAAUCUACGCCUGAAUUACAUGCAAGCUGAGGAGAAUAAGAUUAAGGAAAUAAAAUGGGAGAAAGAGAGACUUCUUGAAGAUAUGCAAAGAGAGCAGGCAUUAUUGAAGGAUAUGAAGGGCAACUAUGACUUAAAAAAGCAAGAAUUCGUCAAGUUCCUGGCUGAAAGCUCACAUACAUUCCAGAACCAAGUUCCAGUAGGAGGACGAGAUAGAAGCAUCCCUAGAUGAAAUUGUUAAUUGGGCAAACUAAAGCUGGAUUGGGAGCUUCAAGCUAUUAUUUAUAAAAAAAAAUAAAAAUUCUGGCUGAUUCUAUUUCAAUUACAUUCAGUGUAAUUGUUUUCUGGUCACAUGAACGGAAAGAUUUAUCGAAAGAACUGAGUGGCAAGAGAGGGAGGCCCGUGUAUCUUGAUGUGAAACAAUGAAAUGUAUCCUUCCAUGUGAGUCCCUGCCGUCCUGACUUCGCUUGUACAUGCAGAAAGACGAAUUGCUCUUACGUGGGGAAAGCUAAAUGGAGCACCUUUUUUUUU